UCUCUCACACACACAUAUACUUUUUUGUCUGCCAUAAUGAACCGUCCAGCCCCUGUGGAGAUCUCUUAUGAGAACAUGCGUUUUUUGAUUACCCACAAUCCUACUAAUGCAACUCUCAACAAGUUCACGGAGGAACUAAAGAAGUAUGGUGUGACAACUUUGGUCCGCGUUUGUGAUGCCACGUAUGAUAAAGCUCCAGUUGAAAAAGAAGGAAUCCAAGUUCUAGACUGGCCAUUUGAUGAUGGAGCUCCACCUCCUAAUCAGAUAGUAGAUGACUGGCUAAACCUAUUAAAAAGCAAAUUUCGAGAAGAGCCUGGUUGCUGUGUUGCUGUGCAUUGUGUUGCCGGGCUGGGAAGGGCACCUGUGCUGGUUGCACUUGCUUUGAUUGAAUGUGGAAUGAAGUAUGAAGAUGCAGUUCAGUUUAUACGACAAAAAAGAAGGGGAGCAUUCAAUUCCAAACAGCUGCUUUACCUUGAGAAGUACCGACCUAAGAUGCGAUUACGCUUCAGAGAUACCAAUGGGCAUUGCUGUGUUCAGUAGAGAAAAAGCUGAAUUUGGAUGCUUCUUUUUUGUGGGGACUCUUGGUACCUGGAAAUGUGAAUCUGGAAUCUAUGUCAUCAAAGUAGUGAUGGGAGUCAAUGCUCCUUAACCUCUGUCCUAAUGAUUAAAAAAAACCAACAACAAAAAGAAAAGUGAAUAAUAAAAAGUUUAAAAAGGGGGGAGGGGGGAGACAAUGAAUUCAGUGAAGGAUUAUUUUCUCCCAAUAUUGCAGUUUGAAUUUCUGCCAGGAGUGAAUCAUUUCUAAACCUCCUGUAUUUUUAAACUUUUUUUUCAAAAUGGGGUCUCUAAGGAAAACCAGCAGAACAUUGGCCUGUGCAGAAAACAUCUUUUGGGAGGAGCACACCUGACAGUUAGGCCUGGCCCAUUCCACCUCCCUGUGGCAUUUCCUCUCUGGUUAUCUUCCCCUUGCCCCUCUUUUGAGUGUAUGUCUGUGUGUGUGAGUGCAUGUGUGUAUGUGGACAGAGACUAGGAAGAACCCUGAUUGCUGUGGGUGUGUACAGUCUGACAGCCUUAAGCCCUACUGGGCACUUUUAGAAAUAACAGUGGCAUUUGUGUUCUUUGGCCCAGGGGAUUGGUUCUUAGUCUUGAGUAAUAAAAGAGAUGCUCUUUGUAGACUUUCUUUUUCUGAAAAUUCAACCUACCAUUAGGCAGAGCAGCCAAGGAACCCUUUUUAGGGGGGAGGAGUCAUUUGAAGGUUGGUUUUUUGUUUUCGUAAUUGAGAUGGAGUAGUAUUAAGAGGAGUAUUAUCUUCUGUUAUGUGUGCUUUCAUACUUGUCCAAAGAACUUAGCCCAGAGGUGAACUGUUUCUUCUAUUGCCUAAGUAAGAAUAUGGAGCAAAAGCUAAGUGGAUUGUGGGAAGAUGAACUUUUUACUAGGUGGGAGGAAAGGCCUCCCUCUUCCAGGUUAGAUUGGUCUUGCCCAAGAGGCCCUUUCAGGUAGGGUGUUAGCAUACUUUUUUUCUACCCAUUACAGACAUACCAGCUGUAGCCAUUAUUCAGACUUGAUAUUGGACAAUGUCGAGCCCACCAAUGGUUUGAAAUGCCUGUUUCAGGACUAGAUUGUUUACUGUGUGUGAGUUUUCAUGGAUAGUCAGAGUAGACAGUUCACAAUUGUGGACUUGAGAAUAAAUAAAUGCCUGGUGUGGGUAUUCCCAAACUGGCCCUUUUGUACAGUUUCAGUUUGACCACUGAUUGCCUUGUUCUUUUCUUACUCUAUUCUUUUUUGAGAUUAAAAUCACUGGUUCAAAAACAACAAUACCUAUUGAGUAUUUAGUCCACAGGCUAGGGUAGAGAAGAGACCUUGAAUGAAUUGGAGCCUAGGGAAUAUGGAAUGGGUUACUUGUGGAUCAGUGUAGCAUUAUUUUGUGCAGAGUCCUUGCUGGGUUCUAUGUGCUAAUGUAGACUUUCUGCUCCUUCCCAGGCAAUAGACCUAGCCAGGCUGGUUUGACAGAACAGUUGGAGAGCCCUGACUGGGACUUUUUCACCUCAACAUUGCAUAUAUAACAUCAUUCCACUUCUGAGGCUUGAGAUACAAGCUUAAGGUCAUCUUGUCCUGUUGUAUCUUGCUGUGCAGAGCCAAAACUUUUAAUUUGUGUAGAGCAGCUGGGUCAGUGGGAAUGGACUGGCCGGUACUUUGCCUCACACUGAUACCUCAGAUGCCGGCUAUGUGAACUGCCUCUUUUCCCAUUCCCAGAGUUCUGUUUUGAUUGUUAGCUAAAUGCAAAACUGCAGAUUAUUCUCUUUACCUUUUCCUCCUUCCCCCUGAAAACACAAAAUAAUGCAUUUUAAAAUUGUUCUUAGGGUUUUAAAAUUAAAAAAAAAUAAUGGUACUAUCCAAAAUUUAUUAUUUCAGAACAUGCCAAUAGAUUCCUUUAACAUAGGCCUAAGAUCAAAACAGCGCCCAUCAGUACUCAAAAAAGACUUUUUGCUCAGAGAUUAUUUUAUCAAUACCAUAAUAAACCUCUUGCCUUGGAGAAGCUUGGAUUUUCAUUGUUGCUAAGAGCUAGGGCAGUAUAGUGACCAGCAAUAUCAGUGCCUACCUGAGUUAGGAGAACAUUCCUGGUUUUGUCUAAUGAGAAGGGUGUCUAAGGCUAUAGUCAAUAUUAGUCCUCUUUUUUUGUUUUGAACUGCAGACUAAUGUUAACUAUUCUCAGAACUGGAUUUUUUUUUGUGUGUGUGUGUGUGAAAUUAAAAAAAGUUUUUCUUUUGAAUUUAAUGAAGUAUUGCUAGCUGAAGCCAGUUUGACAUGGUAAGAGAGAUGUCCGACUGAUUGAGAGGUGUGCAGCCUGAUUCCAAACAAACUCUGAACCCUUUUAAAGAACAAUAAAACAUAUUUUACAUGCUU